UGUAUGUAUAUAUAAAUGUAUACGAGUGUGCGUAUUAUCGACACAGCUUAUAAUAACAUAGACCACCGUCGCGUGAUCUUUACAUGAAACAUAAAACGUUUAUCGUGUGUGAAUUUGAGAAGAAAAUAGAAGAACCAAUUGUGUGCCAAACGAACGAAGCGUGUAUGAUAUUAAUCGUGGAUAUUAACACGCGUAUUUGUGUCGAUUUUUAGUUCUGUGAUCAAGGAAGUGGGAUUGUGACGUUGAGGAACAAAAGUUUUACUUGGAAAUUGCUGCGCAGAGUCGGGAAACUAACAGGUCCUGAUGUUCCCUCCGAUAUACGAACGGUCGGUGGGCACCAAGCACCGAUAAAAAGCCGAAAAUCAGCUGGCAGAAGAUUCCAACCCGAGUAAGAAUGUCCUCGAAGAGGAAGUCGCCGCCAACGAAGCUAUCGGAAGGUGGAGGCGGGGCGGGAACGGUGGGUGGUACCGACGAAGAGGAAGACACGACGUCGUCGGCGAUCCUCCAGGGGGUCGAGAGCGUACCUGAAGAUAAUUCUGCCCCGGCCGAGGGUGGGAUAGAGGAGUGUUACAACCACCCCCUGCAGAGGGGUGACUGCGAGUCGUCGGGCUGUUCGUCGCCGGCAACCCCGAGCGAGCACGACCCCCGGGACUCGCCCUCACCAUCGCCGGCAAAUUCGCCGCCGGCGGCGAAGCGGCAGAGGAUGGUGUUCCUCCAGACGAACGCCGAGGCCCUCCAGGGUUACAACCACCUCCACCUGCAGACGAACGCCUCCGCGGCGACGACGGGGGCGGUCGCGGAGCCGGCGAGCUCCUCGGAGUGCGGUUCGCCCCCCACCCCCCUGCUGGCCGAUACCUAUUACGGCCACCACCACCACCACCACCACCAUCACCACCACCACGCCAACCCCCAUCACAACAACAACAACACCGUCACACAGAACAAUAACAAUCAUCACACAAACAAUAACAAUAACAACAACAAUAACGGAGGGGGUGUCAGCGCCGUGGGGGGGAAACGAUCCAUGGACGAUGUACUCAAGAGGCUCACGUGCAAGAUGAACAGCGGAUCGUUAUCCUUGCAGGACGACGCCACGCGACGGACUACGCCGCCGCCCUCGUCGACGCCAAACACCCUGCACCUUACCCACAACUCGCACAGCAGCACCAGCAUAUCGAACAGCGUUGCGCCGUCGCAGGUUGCGGGAAGAAACACGGCGACGGAAGGACACCAGGACGGGGCCGCCGCCCUUCAUCGGGUUCUCUGCGCCGACAACUUCGUCGAAAAGGAAAGAUGCCUCUCGGAGAUGAUACUCAAGCUUCAGAUGCUCAGGGAACAGCUUCUCCAGCAGCAGGACCAGACCAAGUCUUACCCUCCGCACCUGAACGCCGAGACUCAGAAGCAGAUCGACAUGCAACGGUUACAAACCGAGCACCUCAAACGCCAGCAAGAGCACAUCAUGCAGCACAACAUCCAGGAGCUUCAGGCACAGAUUAGCAAGGGCCAGGUCACGAUGCCGGGGCCGCAGACCCUCAUGUUCCUACCCUUCCUUCAGGAGCAGCUUCGUGGACUACCCGUGCCCUCCAUGCCACCGCCGACGUCGACGGCGAUGACGGGAAACAAGCAUAUCAACUCCAUAGCCAACAUGAUAAGCGGGCAUCGAGACGGUCCAAGUUCCUGGGCGACGGCACACCUGGCGCAAAUGACGACGCAGAUGGAAAAGGAGUCUUCGCCGACGCCGACGCCGAGCUCCGGAUCCUCGCAGCCAGCGGCACCGACGCACCAGGAUCCGGACACCCCGUUGAACCUCACCAAGCCAAAGUCCUCGGGACAGACGGCGUCCUCUUCCCCGGGAAGCGACUCCCACUCUACCGGGGCGGGAAGCAGCGGUCAUCAGGAGCAACCCUUGCCCGCGACGGCACCGAAACUCUUCCAUUCGAGCCUCCAGAUGCCCCGUGGAUACCUGCCGAGUCUACCUUACGGCGGACUUCCGCCACAUCUCAGCACCCUCUCGUCCAUGGGCAAGGUGAUGAAUAAAGAGGAAUCCGGAGGCGGCUCCGCCGCUGCGGCGGCCGCAGCAGCCGCCGCUGCUGCGGAGAAACACUUCGCCAUGCACGGAAUCUACGGGAUGCCGUCUAGUGCCGGUGGGAUGCCUCCGUCCCCGCAGUCCCAGAGGGGUAUGAAACACUCGGGUAGUCGGGAAGAUCCGUCUCAGGAGGAGUCGGACUUUCUCUCAUCUUCGCACAUGUGGGGACGAGAGCAGGGCUACAAGGUUCCUGAAGAUAUAACAGAAAAAGCGAAAAUGGUGAGGCAGCAGAAACGGGACGGUGAAAACAAGCCGCACAUUAAACGACCUAUGAACGCGUUCAUGGUAUGGGCCAAGGACGAACGGAGGAAAAUCCUCAAGGCGUGCCCGGAUAUGCACAAUUCGAACAUAUCGAAAAUUCUCGGUGCGAGAUGGAAAGCGAUGUCGAAUUCGGAGAAGCAGCCGUACUACGAGGAGCAGUCUCGACUUUCCAAAUUACACAUGGAGAAGCACCCGGACUACAGAUACAGACCGCGUCCGAAAAGGACCUGCAUAGUUGAUGGCAAGAAGAUGCGGAUCUCCGAGUACAAGUCCCUGAUGCGACAGCGAAGGCAGGAGAUGAGGCAGCUCUGGUGUCACCGAGACGGCGGUGGUCCCGACAUGGGCUUCCUGUCACCGGUCGGCCCGGAAAUGACGUCACCUCACCCUGGACCCUCGGCAAGGCCGUCGGUCUCGCCGCCGGCGUCGCUCCUUAACGGAGGGGGCGCCGGUCCGAGUUCGGAUCACGGUUCGUUCUACUACCCCCAGGACAGUCUAUCCCCGAGUGACAUAAUGAACUUUUCCCCGGAGAACCCGGGCUCCGUUGGCGGUUACGACGUCAGUCCGCGGCAUCACGACGAGGAUUGAGCCGCGGCUCCGGGUCAGCCCUCGUGGCCACCCGGAGCUAACGCAAGACUUGCCCACGAACUCUUUUGGUAACCUGGUUGGAACAGGGGCCGGGUUUAUUUAUUGUUUCGUCGCCAACCCCGCCGCCGAAGGACGUGUAUGAACGUGUCACGGCGAAGGGAAGAGUGGAGAAGAAGAAAGGUAGGAGGGUAGGAGGCGAGAAGCUUUUCGGCUGGCCAUCGAACGGGCUUCUUCGCAUAUUUUAUCGGAUAUCGUAGCAACGCCAUGCAGACUCGCGAGCAAAGAUUACUUAACGGUAUGAUUGUACG